ACCCCGUUCCUGCUCUCUGGCUCUCAAAUGAAUAAAAUCUUUAAAAAACACACACACACACACACAAAAACUUCGAACUCUACCCUGAGAUGUAUAAAGUAUCAGUGUGCUUUGAGACUCCUAUUGUAGUAUAAUUCUGGUUUGUUAAGUACUCAUUAAAUGCUAAUGAUGAAUUUUAAAUAUUUUUGUUUCAGAACAAAAAACACAGAAGCCACUGGUUUUGUUUGUAAAUAUAAUAAAUUCCUUUCAUAUUUAUUUUGGAAUCAGAUUGCCAUAAUUUAAAUCUUGCUUCCUCCAUUUACGUUUAUAUUGUGCAACUAAUAGGAGCUGUAUCAAUAUCAUUUGGGAGCUUAUUAAAUAAAAAUACAGAAUCUCAGGCCUUACCCAGGCCUACCAAAUCAGAUUGCAUUUGUUCCCAGAUGAUACAUCUAUAUGCUAAAGUCAAACAUUGAGAACUUCUUAGUAUUCCCAUUUGUUUUAUUAAAUGCACCUAAGAAUUAUGAGCAUUAAAUAAUAGAUUCAAGUGAUCAGAACAAUACUGGCAUAUAAUAAGACCUCAAUAAAUGUUAAUUAUCACUGUUAUUAACAAACUCACAAAUCCUUUUUAUUGGUUGCUUCAGCUCUUUGUUUGGCUGCUGCGUUGGGUAUUAUCCGUUGCUUUGAGUCUUACUCCCUGAAACAACCUUUCUCUUGUGUUUUUUCAACCCUUCAAUACUAUGUCUUUUUUCCUUUUUGCUAAGGGCUAUAAGGCACUCUCUUCAGUCUGCUUUCUUUCUCUGCAGAAUCAUAAAACUGGAAGGGACCUUAGAGAUCAUCCAGUCCAAACAUUUUCUUUUGGUUUUCAGGAAACUGAGGUCCUGAGAAGUUAAGGUAUCAUGUUACUGUGUUUGGAGUUUACCCAUUAUCCAUCUUCAGCAGAUCUCCCAGACAGAUUGAAAAGGCUGAAACAGGAAAGAUAUAGUGUAGACAUCUUAAAUUUAAAGGAUGUGAUCAGUGUCCAGCUAGAAGAUAAUACCUCUAGCAAGAAUUUUUGCAGCCAAUCUUGUCUUUCAUCAUAUGAAGAAAAAAGAAAAGCAUUUGUUACAAUAUGCACUAAUAGCGUUUUAACCAAGUGCAGCAUGUGUCAGAAGACUACUGUUAAACCAGCCAAAACACUUACAUCUGUUCCUUGCAAAUCAUUGAAGCCCUCAGAUGAAAUGAUUGAGACCACCAGUGACUUGGGAAAGACAGACAUUUUUUGUUCUAUUAAUUGUUUCUCUGCUUACAAUAAAACUAAGAUGGAAUCAUCUACAGUAAAUGUUUCCAUGGUACAUGAUGCCUCAACGGAUACCUUUUGUCCAAAGAAAGAUACAACUCCAGUUAUAAGCAAUAUAGUGUCAUUGGCAGAUGCUCGUGUUUCCCUACCCAUCAUGAACUCUGAUGUCUUACAAGCAGAUACAGUAUCUUCAGUAACAGCAAAUGUCAUUGUAGAUAGUUUACCCAGUGAAUCAAGUAGUGGUGUUGCUACUAGUAGUGUUGAACAGCCAAGCCUUUCACCAUCUUCAUCAAUACCCGGUCAGCCUACGGUUGACUCCAGUGUAGAAGUACAAAAAGAUAAAGUGUCAGACCAAGAUGCUUCAUACAAUAUGAAAUCUAUGAAAAUAAGUGAAGGACUUUGUCACCCAAAAUUUACAUCCAGAGUACAAAAAAUUAAAGAUAAGUCACAAAACAUUAAAAAAUCUUGGUGUUCAAAUUUCCAGCAUUUGAAAAACAAUAUUAAAAAGGAUGUGACAUUCUGUUACUCAUGCCAGUUGUUCUGCCAAAAAAAUUUUAAUUGUGGAGGAGAAUCCUUUACAGCGCAAGGAAUUUCUAAUUGGAAAAAGACUCUAGAAAAAUUCAGAAAGCAUGAAAAAAGUGAGAUGCAUUUGAAGUCAUUGCAGUAUUGGAGGGAGUACCAAUUUUUUGAUGAAGCUGUCAAUGAUAAUUUAUCUAUUCAUUCAAAACAGAUUGAAGGAAAUAAAAAGUACCUAAAGCUUAUAAUUGAAAAUAUUUUAUUUCUUGGGAAGCAGUGUUUACCAUUAAGAGGAAAUGAUCAGUCGAUUUCAUCUGUGAAUAAAGGCAAUUUUUUAGAACUGCUAGAAAUAAGAGCAAAAGAUAAAGGAGAAGAAGUAUUUCGACUUACAAAUUUACAAGUUGACUUCUAUAAUAGUACACAAAUUCAAAAUGAUAUUAUUGAAAUAAUAAAGACUGAAAUGCUUCAAGAUAUUGUGAAUGAAAUCAAUGCCUCCUCAGCUUUUUCAAUAAUAUGUGAUGAGACAACUGAUAGUGCCACUAAAAAACAGCUUUCGAUUUGUGUAAGAUACCCACAAAAAAUGUCAAAGGCUGUCUUAAUUAAAGAAAGAUUCUUGGGUUUCAUAGAUAUUGAAGAGAUGACUGGGACUGACUUACAUAGGACUAUCAAAACUUACCUGCAGCAAAUUGGAGUUGAUUUAAAUAAGAUAUGUGGCCAGGCCUAUGAUAGUACCACUAAUUUGAGGGGACAAUUUAAUAAAAUUGCAGCAGAAUUCAAGAAAGAAGAGCCAAGAGCUUUAUACGUACAUUGUUAUGCGCAUUUUUUGGAUUUAACAGUAAUUACGUUUUGUAAAGAAGUGAAAGAACUCCGAAGUGCUCUAAAUACUCUCAACUCUUUGUUCAACACUAUUCAUAUGUCUGGGGAAAUGUCUGCAAAGUUUCAAAACAUUUUUAAGCUAAGUCAAAACAAAACAUGCAAGAAACAUACAUCACAAUCAUGUUGGACAGUCCAUGAUCAUAUAUUACUGUCUGUGAUUGAGGGCCUUCCAGAGAUUAUUGAAACAUUGGAAGUUAUAUCAAGCCAUUCUUCAAACACAAGUUUAGCUGAUGAAUUGAGUGAUUUGUUAAUACUGGUUUCCAAAUUUGAAUUUAUCUUUUGUUUGAAAUUUCUUUAUCGAGUGUUAAGUGUUACAGGAAUUCUUUCCAAAGAGCUUCAAAGUGAAACUAUAGAUAUUUUUUCAUUGUCUUCAAAAAUAGAAGCAAUUUUGGAAUGUUUAUCAUCCGAAAGAAAUGAUGCCUAUUUCAAAACUAUCUGGGAUGGAGCAGAGGAAAUAUGUCAAAAAAUAACCAGUAAAGGUUUUGAAGUUGAAAGACCUUCUUUUCAGAAAAGAAGAAGAAUUCAGAAAACAGUAGAUCUUGGCAAUUCAGAUAGUAUGUUUUUUCCUACUUCAACAGAAGAACAAUAUAAAAUUAAUAUUUAUUACCAAGGAUUGGAUACUAUACUAAAUAAUUUAAAGCUAUGUUUUUCAGAGUUUGAUUAUUGCAAAAUGAAGCAAAUUUCAGAACUGUUAUUUAAAUGGAAUGAACCAUUAAAUGAAACAACAGCCAAACAUGUCCAAGAAUUUUAUAAACUUGAUGCAGACAUCAUCCCAGAACUUAGAUUUUAUCGGCAAUAUGCAAAGCUUAAUUUUCUCAUAGAUUAUGAUCAUAUCAACUUCAUCAAUCUUGGCUGUUUGUUUAUCCAGCAUGGUCUUCACAAUAAUAUUCCCUGCAUAUCAAAGUUACUAUAUACUGCUUUGUCUUGGCCAGUUACUUCAAAUGCUGAAAAUUCAUUUUCUACACUGCCCCGUCUUAAAACAUAUUUAUGUCAUACCAUGGGACAAGAGAAGCUUAGCGGUCUAGCCCUAAUAGCUAUUGAGCAGGAACUGGUAAAUAAACUGAUGGAACCUGAAAGACUCAAUGGCAUUGUGGAAAAGUUUAUCCAUCAGAUGAAAGAAACUAACACUUGCUAGUUCAAAUUUACCUAAAAGAAUUUUGUUAUUUCUGCUGGAAUGUUUGUUUUAUUUCAAAAUUUUAUCUCCUGAGAAAAAGAUUUUUUUUCAUCAGAACAUGUAACAUUCACUUGAUUCAAAAUUCAAGAAACAGACUGAAAAGAGAAAAGUCUCCUUCUCCUUUUCAGUACCCAUUCCCCUUCCCUGUAGUGUUUGUUCCUCAAAUAUCCUCCUGGAGAUAUUUUUCACAAAUAGUACUCUGCAGUCCACACUGUUCUUCAACUUGUCCACUAAACAUAUUUUUGAGAUUGUCCUAUACCCAUGCAUAAAGAGUUUGUUGAUUUUUUUAUAACUGCAUAAAAUUUCAUUGUAUGAACGUACCAUAAUAUAUUUGAGCAGUCCCUAACAAUAAACACUUUAAUUCUUUCCAGUA